AUUAAAAUGCAAUUUCCACAGCUGUCAGCACCUCCUCUUGUUUGGCGCCCUUGGUUCCACGCCACGAAUCAGCCUCCUCUGCCCUUCAUGCACAUAUACACAAACGCAGCUAUAUAUCGUAUGUAUAUUUUCCUGAUAUGAUUGAUUAUUGCUUAAAAAUUCGAAUCAAUUCCUCGAUUCUUGAUUCCAUUUACAAACAAACAACGGUGGAGCUCAUAAUCUUCAUUUAUAAUGUAUAAUCACACGCAUUAUUCGAUUCAAAUAAAUUAAAUUGAAUUUACACGGAGAUGAACAAUAAAGAGGAGAAUCAAUAUGACUUGAAUUCCAAGCAACCAAAUUUAGUUGCUAGAGAUGUUACUUUAGGUUUUGGUGAGAGAGCUUUUUCGGCCGCCGGUGCCGCCGUUCUCUCCGCCGUCCUCGUUAAUCCUCUCGACGUCGCUAAGACUAGGUUGCAAGCGCAGGCAGCUGGCGUCCCAUAUAAUGAUCAAUGCCGUACAUCGUGUUUCGAAUCAAAUACAAUGCUUCCGGAUAUGAGAUCUUCUCCAUCAUGCACUCGUGCAGUUACUGGAUCUGAAUCAGAGUGUGCUUUGCGAUAUAAAGGAACAUUCGAUGUCUUCUACAAAGUUACACAACAGGAAGGAAUUGCGAGGUUAUGGAGAGGAACAUAUGCAAGUCUAGCAUUAGCUAUUCCAACAGUGGGUAUUUAUUUGCCUUGUUAUGAUAUUUUACGCAAUUCUUUGGAGGAGUUGACAUCAAGAAAUAGUCCUAGUCUUACACCAUACGUCCCAUUAGUAUCAGGGGCAGUUGCGCGCUCGUUAGCUUGUAUUACUUGUUAUCCUAUUGAACUUGCAAGAACUCGUAUGCAGGCAUUUAAAGACACUCAAGCUGGCGUGAAGCCUCCUGGGGUGUGCAAGACAUUAGUUGGGGUGAUCUCUCAAGUCAGAACCACAAACAACCUCCAAAGAUUACAAAACUACCGCUACUUAUGGACUGGUCUUGGAGCUCAGAUUGCACGUGAUGUUCCCUUUUCUGCUAUCUGCUGGUCGACUCUUGAGCCUCUCAGGAGACGGAUUAUAAGCCUGGUAAGUGAUCAAGCAAGCAUAGCCACAAUCCUUGGAGCAAAUUUCUCUGCUGGUUUUGUUGCAGGAAGCAUCGCAGCUGUUGUCACAUGUCCUCUGGAUGUGGCAAAGACCCGACGACAGAUUGAGAAAGAUUCUUCUCGAGCAUCAAAGAUGACCACGAAGCAUACAUUAGCUGAGAUAUGGAGUGAUGGAGGGAUCAAGGGACUCUUUGCAGGUGCUGGUCCUCGUGUUGCUCGUGCUGGUCCUUCUGUUGGGAUUGUAGUUACAUUUUAUGAAGUUGUUAAAUAUGCUUUACGUCGAAGAAGUUGGUCAAAAGACAGAGACACUUUAUAGCAAAACAGAGCCUUUGGGUCCGUACAUUGUAUAUUUAAGGAUAACAUCCUUGCAGUUAUGGAGGAUCCUUGAAAUUUCUGGAGCAACUACUGGAAAUAUGAUCAAAUUCCUGCUGGUUGCCAGAGGAAUAAAUAGCGAGAAA